AACUGGUUAAGAUGUUCAUCCAAAGCUUCCUGUUGCUUUUAGCGCUCAAUUCGCUGUCCGCAGGACGAGUAAUCCGGCCGGAAGAGCGCAUUAUCGGUGGACAACCCAUUGGAAUCGAGGUGGCACCUUGGCAGGUGUCCAUACAACGUUAUGGCGGCCAUUUAUGCGGUGGCUCCAUUUACAGCGCAGAGAUAAUCAUUUCUGCGGCCCAUUGCUUUUCUGAUCUGAAUGCCCAGGAAUAUCAAGUUCGAGUAGGAUCCGCCUUGAACAACUCCAAUGGAAGUGUUGUCGAAGUGGCCGCUAUAAAGAUCCAUGAAAAUUUUGAGCGAUUAGAAAACGACAUCGCCAUCGUGCUGCUAAGUAAGCCACUUGAGUUCACCAACCAAGUUCAGCCCAUUCCUUUGGCAACGACAAAUCCCUCGCCUGGAUCGACUGCCUUCGUCUCUGGCUGGGGAACUACUUCUUAUGAGUCACAUCCCACACAUCUUCAAGGAGUAAACCUUUACAUUCAAUGGCCGUACUAUUGUGGACUUACUGAACAGUCAAGAAUAUGCGCAGGAUCUUAUGGAAGGACUGCUUGUAAUGGAGAUUCUGGUGGACCGUUGGUGGUUGGCCAACAACUUGUGGGUGUUGUAUCCGGGGGUUCAGAGGAUUGCACGUAUAGUGCACUCUACACUAGUGUCCCAUAUUUCCGUGAAUGGAUCUUGAAUGCUAUUAAGCAAAUAAUGUCAGCGAAACCAAAUAAAUAAAUAUUCACAAUUGCACAACUAAUUUUAUCAUUUGACUUGACCAUUACUACUAUUUCCCUAAAUUCCCUAAUUUCCAACGUUUUGACUAGCUGAGUAAGGAGUAUCUGAUAGUCGAAUAACUCGACUAUAAAUGUAUUAUUUCUGACAACUCGGUCACAUUUAUUGCAGACAGCAACUGCUUACACAUUGAAAUACAUAUAUGCUUAUGACAUUAAUAAUUAAUUAAAACAUUUAUAAUUGAUUUAAAUAUUUCUCUUAGCUAACAUCUAAAUACGACUUGUGCUCCAUUUGAAUACCAUUGCGUAGUUGUACUUCAACAGAGAGUAGCAGUUUGAUUUGUGACUGGCUUUAAAGCUAGAGAAGACAUGGAGUAAGCGCCAACAGAUUCCAGCUUAAAAGUACAGAUAAAGCUAUAAAUUUGAAAAACACUCCAGAGACAACAUCUUCCUCGACUCGCACCAUCUCGAUAAGCUCGUUACACAUUCAGCCUCAACAGAAGAAUCGAACUAAAAGCUAAGAAAAUCUUUGUGCUGGCUUAGAAAUAUCUUUGGUUGUGUAGACUUCGGAUUAGAUUGUACUCUCGACUUAGUCGCGUUGGGCUCGCCGUCGCUCCAAUGCCACCUGCAUGGACCAAAUGCUCAACGGACGCA